CAAAAUCACCACCCACCUCGAAUUCGAUUUCUUUCUCCCUUUUUCCACGCCCACCUCGCUCGCCAUCCUCAUCCCCUUCCCCCUCCGCCCCCUUUCCCCAUCUCGCCGGCGUCGUCGUCGUCGUCGUCGGCGUCGCGUGCGGGCUCCAGCAGCGAGGGAGCACGGGAGGAGGCGGGGACCGAGCCGCGAGGAGGAGGAGGAAGGAGGAGGCGGGGACGGGCCUCACCGCGCGCACCCAUGGGGCAGCAGUCGCUGAUCUACGCGUUCGUGGCGCGGGGCACGGUGGUGCUGGCGGAGUACACGGAGUUCACCGGCAACUUCACCACCAUCGCGGCGCAGUGCCUCCAGAAGCUCCCCGCCAGCAACAACAAGUUCACCUACAACUGCGACGGCCACACCUUCAACUACCUCGUCGAGGACGGCUUCACAUACUGUGUUGUUGCUGUUGAAUCAGUUGGGCGACAAAUCCCCAUUGCUUUCCUUGAUAGAGUCAAGGAAGAUUUCACCAAAAGAUAUGGUGGUGGGAAAGCAGCUACUGCUGCAGCGAACAGCCUCAACCGAGAAUUCGGAUCAAAACUUAAGGAGCACAUGCAGUAUUGUGUAGACCACCCUGAGGAGAUCACCAAGCUUGCCAAGGUCAAAGCACAAGUCUCGGAGGUCAAAGGAGUUAUGAUGGAAAACAUUGAGAAGGUUCUUGACCGUGGUGAGAAGAUUGAACUGCUUGUCGACAAGACUGAAAACCUGCGAUCUCAGGCACAAGACUUCAGACAGCAGGGUACAAAGGUGCGGCGAAAGAUGUGGUUGCAAAACAUGAAGAUCAAGCUGAUCGUCCUGGGGAUCAUCAUCGCGCUCAUUCUCAUCAUCAUCCUGUCCGUGUGCCAUGGCUUCAAGUGCAAGUGAGGAUGGACUUCAGUCGUCCACAUUCACCUUGCCCCCCCAUAAUACCGCCUAUUUUGGGCGAAAAAAAAGACCAUAUGUUUUUUGUUCUGUUAGUCAUGAGUCCUGCCCUGAUUCUCGGGUGGUCGAGUGUUCCUGAUGUCGUGCUUGAUUGGUGUCGGAUAGUGACUGGGUUUAUGGGUUGGAGUUCCGUGUAUUUUUGGACGCUAUUCAUGUAUAGCCUGUAUGCUACCCUCCACUCUGCUAUAUGAGUAGUAGCUGUUACUACGUUUGCCCCCACA